GGCGAGGCGAAUCGCCGGAUCCGGCAUGGAGAGGGCGGGGCUGCUCAGGUCGUUCCCCCCGAGGGCGCGGCCACGACCAGGAUCUCCAUGGUCUCGAGCUUCGCGACGGAGCUGCUCGAGAUAAGUUCCAAGGAGCCUUCGCCGUCGCUCCACAUGCUGGUCGUCCCUAGCAAUCUAGGUAUUGUUGGAUUCUACAAGGACUUUGUCGAAGCCCUCUACAAAGACCUCGGUGGACAGGCAUCUGUUACUGCGAUAGGGCAUAUUUCACAUGGGCAGAAGGUAAUGCACAUAUUUCUUCAGGUUGAUUCAUAUCGUCAUAUUGAAAUCGACAAGGGAUGGUUACAUCAAUCAUAUAUAUUUAUGGAAGACAGUUCACUGAUAACUAGCUCGGAUCAUACCUCCAGAACGGAUGACAAGUUGUCGCAUCUCGAGCAUGUCUCAUAGGAGAGUGGAAUGAAGUUCAUUGUACUGUUGGGAUAGUAGCAAACGUGCCAUUGUUCUAUUGUGCAAUUCUGUCCGUUCUCGCUAUAUUCCUGUAUAAAGAAAUGUAUUCAUGAGAUAAGUUAUUGUGUUAUAUAAACCUGAGAGAUGUAUUACGUGAUGUUAUAUGAUGGAUGAUUUUAAUUUGA